CAGCCUCCUCGAUUCAAAUACCAGAAACAAGUCAGCCAGCACAAAGGGAAGCUUCGGGUGGGGGCAAUUUAAAAACAACAACAACAACCCAAACCAAACCAAAAACACGCCUACCAGCCCCCUAAAAAGAAAAGAAAAAAGUUCAUCAGCAUGGGAAAAGAAGAGAAGAAAGCUCAGACCAACACGUCCCUUAAUAACCAGAACCAGGCAGGGCAAGCACCUGAAAAGGAGAAAAGCAACGAGCCCGCCAAGGAGCAAGACGCAGCCAUGAAAAAGAAGAAAGCCAAAGGCGAUCCCAAAGCGGGCCAGGAAGAGGAAGCACACACGUGCUGUGGCUGCCGUUUCCCGUUGCUGGUGGCUCUGUUGCAGCUGGCUUUAGGCGCCUCUGUAACAGCGCUGGGCUUCAUUAUGGCAGCCAGCAGCUCUUCUUUGCUAGUCAGAGACACUCCAUAUUGGGCUGGGAUAAUUGUAUGUGUGGUGGCCAUCCUGGGUGUAGUGAUGCUUUGCAUUACUUAUCAACCAGAUGAGAAGACCUCCCUCCAGUUUGCCAUCAAGGUUGCAUACUUCCUGCUGAGUGCCCUGAGUCUGAUUGUCUGCAUUUUGGCAGUGGCUUUUGCUGCGUACCAAUAUUCUCAGAUCACACAGUUUACCUGCAAAACUGAAUUCGAGACCUGCCAUUGUAAACUGGAUGCAAUAGAUCCGCUCAGCAGAACCUUCAUCUAUCAGAAUGUAUCUGACUGUACUGACAUUACUGGUACCUUCAGUCUCUACCUACUGAUCCAGAUCGUGCUUAACCUCCUUGCAGCCAUUGUGGGGUUUGCAGCAUGUUUUGUGAUGUGGAAAGACAGGUACCAGAUCUUCUACGUGGGCAUGUGGUUACAUUCAUUUACUGCCACUGGAGUUCAACAACAGAAAGUAUAGGGAUUUGGGUGGAAGGAAGAGAGCAUUGAGAGGAACACUAUACUAUUAUAUUGCCUACCAAAUGGUUGAUUGUUUAUAAAAAUUUGGGGUGGGGGGUAGAUACAAGGAACACAUGCUUAAUGAAUGUAUUGGUUCUGAGAAAUGUAGAGACAUAUAAAGAAAUUUUUCCGUGAUAAUAUUGCAGGGCCCUUUGCCACAUCCCCUAGAUGUACCAUUGAGCCAAGGAGAUCUGUGCAUAUAUUGUUUUUCGGGAUCAGGGGUUUAUUGGAAUGUGUAUCUACAUUUGGAUGGCAUCUAUCCACAUUGCAUUGCUUUCAAUGUGAUGUACAUCCAAUGAAGUUCAGUUGGGGUGAUUGUGUUUUAGCCCAUGGUUGCUGGGCCAAGAGGUAGCUACUACAUGUACCUCUAAGUAGCCCCACAUCUGCCUCUAAAUUUCUUUUAAAAUAUGUCAGACAAACAAAUCAAACAGGAGCCCAAGGGGAUGUGUGGCCUACUUCUAGUAUAACACAGGGACCAAGGGCAACUUACCCCAGGAAUAAAAUGCCAAAAAAAGGUAAACCCCAUGAUUGUAGAAGGUCAUUUCCCCCUAAAAAACAAACCUUUGUUUCACACACACACGGCAGAGAGUGAGUGAGUGAGCUUUUUGAUUAAUGGAAUUUCAGACAAUGUGGCUUUAGCAGCGUGGUUGCUGUGUGCUCUGUGGUGCAUCCAAAUAAUGGGCAGGAUCCAGACUAAGUCAUGACUAAAUCCCAUUUAAAUUAAUGGGACCUAAAGUAGUCCUGUGUCUCGCAAGGUGUAUGUUUCCUAUACAAACAGGCACACACUCAUAAGUGAAUGUAUGGCUGAGGUGUUCUACAUAAAGGGUUAAUUCUCAUAGUCCCCCCUAGAAAAAAAUGUAGCAAAGAUUUGUGAAUCUGGUCUCUGUGUCUAUGGGCUCACAAUGGAAUACCCAUUAUAUAUUAUCUAUUCCAUGAGGGAAGAAGCACUUUCUCUUCCACAUGGAGAGAAUGAUUAGCCAAGUGUGUGAGAGCUGGUCUAAAAGAUUUAUUUGAUUUCUACUCCAGUCCCAAACAGAUUACUGCAAAGUACUUUAUUUUAGUGCAUAUUUCCAAGUAAUGGGACAAUCCAGCCAGGUGAAGCACUAUUAACUCUAAUUGUUGUGAAUGAGAAUAUUAAUAACACUUAAUUCACUUCCACAGUGAGCCAUCACUUUGACUGGAUCAUGUCCACUGAGCUUAGGUUUGAGUUGCAUGGAGGUUUAUGGAACUGACAUGCCUAUCCCAAACACUGGAAAGUUUCUCCUUGCCAUGUUAGUAUAUUAUCUGGGCUGGAUAAAGGCAUUUUGGCACCUGAGGUGAAAAAUCCAAGUUUCAUUAUGUCCCCUCCCCAGCAGUGCGCAUCUGUUCCUCCCCUACGCAGAUCCAUCUGUUGUUGUUAUUGUGGCAAAACACUCUGAGAAGCUAAUCUCUUUCCCCUGCACCCUCUCUCUUUCACCUUAGCACAAGGUUUCUUAAGCUUGGGCCCCCAGAUGUUGUUGGACUACAACUCCCAUCAUCCCCAGACAUGGCCUUUGUGGCUGAGGAAGAUGGGAGUUGUAGUCCAAAGACAUCUGGGGGCCCAAGGUUAAGAAACCCUGCCUUAGCACACAAUCUUCAUCACUGCAGCACACCAAGAAGAGAUUUUAGAACCUGCAGUUGGCCAGAAAUAACAUAAGAACAGCCCUGUUGGAUCAGGUCCAAGGCCCAUCCAGUCCAGCAUCCUGCUUCCCACAGUGACCCACCAGAUGCCUCUGAAAAGCCUACAGGCAAGAGCUGAGGGCAUGCCUUCUCUCCUUCUGUUGCUCCCCUGCAACUGGUAUUGAGAAGCACCUUGCCUCUGAGGUUGGAGGUGGCCUUUAGCUAUCAGACUAGUAAGCAUUGAUAGACCUGUCCUCCAUGGAUUUGUCCAAAUCCAUUUUAAAGCCAUCCAAGGUAGUGGCCAUCACCACAUCCUGUGGCAGAGAUCCUACCCCUUAUGAGUCCUGCCCUCUAUCAGGCCUCCCUUUGGUUUAUUUCAUCCACAUUUAUGUAUUUAUUUGUUUUAUGCCCCUCCUUUUGACCCAUUGGUCCUCAAGGCAGCUUACAAAGGACUAAUAAUAUAAACAAUCUCCACCCCGCCCCACAUCCUAAAGGCCCUUUGACGAAGGUGAACAUUGAUCACUUUUCAGUUUCGGCCAAAAAAAGGAGGAAAAUCCAGUUUUGAUCCCAGGAACUGGGAGGUGGGGAAGGGAGAAGGGGAGAUGGACAAGUAAAAUAAUAUAAUCUGAAAUAAGCUUGCCUCUUAAGCACACUUUUAUCCUGUAGAUCAGCAAAUCCUAGUCCAAAAGAAUUCAUGACAGAUUUAAAUUGAACAUCAAUACUCGGAUAUCCACUAAGGCCACUCAUGGUCGCAUGGGGAGGACCAACUCCCUGGCUUCUCUGUUCAUCCAUUUCUAAGUGGCUUUGCCUUUAGCUCACUGGCGCAUGCAAGCUGCUAAUGGGUGGACUGCAUUUCUUAACAGAUCUGCACACCUCAUGAACUUUUUUUAAUACAAAAGAAGUUUCUGGAAUUCCACAGGCCUCUGGACCUAGUUCGUAUAUUUCAGUAACAUUGCCCAUGCAUAUUAACAACUAAAAAAAAUGCCAUCUGGUUGGGAUUUUCUGCUCUGCAUCAGAAUGCUUUGAAUUUGUAGUAGGUGGCUACAAGUGAUGCUGGGCUGGGCUAUGACUGACGCUGGUCAAUUUUGCAGAACACACACACACACACACACUCUCUCUCUCUCUCUCUUUUAUUACUGUGUCACAUAUACAAGGUAUAGGUGGACCGCAUUAUCUGCAGAGGUUCCGUUCCCGCAAAUUAUUGCGGACAAUGAGUCAUUGAGUCUAUGGGAAUGUGGGGUUUGGGUUCCCAGAGUAAAAAACAAACCCCAAAUCACCACCAAAUCAUGAAAAUGGGUCGAAUAAAGUGCCCUACCAUGCUUCAUGGGUCUCCUAGUAUCCAGCAGUGGCCCUCAAAUCCCACCCACCCCCCACAAGUCCCAAGUGGUCCCAAAAGUUAACUGAUUUUUUCAUCUCCCCCCCCCCCCCCCGCUGAAAUGAGCCAAAAAAUGGCUCCUGCAGACAAAAUGGCAUCUGGAAAUUACCUCUGUGGUCAUUUACAGCCUUCUAGGAACCACAGAUACAUGGGUUUUAACUCUUCUGUAUCUGCAAAUAAGGAAGUUAAGUCUCUAUUUGACACCUGUGGGUAUGCAAAACCAUGAAUAAUGGUUCCACAUAUAACGAGGUUUGUCUGUAAUGGGCAGGACCUAGACCGAGUUGGUCACAAAUUCAUCUCAUUGAAAUUGAUGUGACUUAAGUUAGCCAUGACUAACUUGUCUCAUUGAUUUCAAUGGUGUUUAGUCAUGACCCACCUAAUCUCUUGAACUCAGUUGGGAGAGUUAAAAGAUUUGACUAUUUGUUUCCCUUGAAGGGCAUUUAAAAUCUCUCACCUGAAGCAGCUGCCUCAUGGCAGAGCUGGCUGCAUUAUCCUGCUGCAGUGGAACAGAAGGCAGUGUUUUGGAGGAGCUACCACAGGGCUCUGUGGUCUCCAGUAGUCGACACCGACUCGACAGCACACUUUACACUUUCUUUACACAAAGACACCCCAUCAUUUGUAUGUAAACCAGCUUAAAUCCCAAAUUGAAUCUGUGAGGUUUGUGCUGUGGUCUUAAACAUGUUCCCCUGGAACUCAGCUCUUCGCAUGGAAGAGCUUACAACUAAUUAAGGAUGCUUAGGAUUCCAUGCUGAAUGCUGCACCAAUGCCCACUUUGCUUCUCCUUAGCUGUGCUGCAGAUCAGUUUGUUGUUGGACCACACCAUAGACUUCUGUAGUUGGGACACAAGGGCUAUUCUGACAUUACUUGCAUGUCUGUAAGGCACAUGCAAAGGCCACGAAUGGAAGCUUAGACUGUUUCCUCUGCUGACACACAGAAUCAGUCUUGAAUUUUAAGAGAUUACAAAGAGAGCCCUCUUCAUUGGGAAGUUCAGGGAAAACCUUUCCAGCAUGAAAAGGGCCUGAUUCUGAUGCUCCUUACAUCUUGCAAGAAGCAGAGCCCCCAAACAGGCUCAUGAAAGGGACACAAAGAGAACCAUUCCUUGGUCAGAGAGCUUCUGAUGCCGACAUCCUGUAAAUUUCAGCCUUUUAUGGUAUCCAAAGCACAGUCUCAGCAUGGUGUCUGUCUUCUGUAAGCCAUAACAUCCAGAGCUUUGCACAAUCUACAGCCGCCAACAGGAGAGGGGGUUCACUGUGAGGUGAAGGGAAAGUGCUGGGAGACUGGCCUCUGGGUGUGGAUGAGGACGACAGCAGCAGCCUCACCACACAGUGCUUGCCAGCCAUGCCCACUCUCUAGACUGUGCCUUUCUGUGAUCGCCAUGUGCGCCUUGCCAACUCUGUCAUGAGCAACUCCCUGGGGUGCUGCCUGACAAUCAGAGCUGCAGGAGAACUCUGGAAACUCUAUACUGCAGGACUAACACUUACCCCCCCCUACACACACACACCCCUCCCUACCUACUGUUGUCUGCAAAAUGGUGUGAUGUUUUCUUGGAGCUUCUUAACAUUAUAUUUGCCAGUUUCCUACGAGAAAAGCCACCACACUCUUGUUCUGUAUUUAAAACCCAGACAGUCAGCCUCCUCACACACUUUAAGAUGUCUCUGGUCUCCGUCCUGCCCCCAUGCUUGUGCUUGGAAUGUGUUUUUAAAUAUUAGUCAAGGGUGUGGAUGGGGGCGGGGGGGGGUAUGCAAGGGAGCCAGUGAGGAACAACUGCUGCAGAGUGCUGAAGCACAGAGAUUAGAACCCUCUCUAAGGAAAGCAUUUGCUAAUGCUUCAUGCUUCUUGCCUGUUCACACUCUAUGUAGGGCUCAAGAGGAAUGGGGGAAAGCCUUUCACUAGAGCAAUAAGCCUGAGUCCCUGGGUAUGGCCUGAGGGAAUGUGAUGCAGCUGCCUUGCCGAGGGUUGGACAGUGCUGGGGAGAGGGGGAGUCAGUGUCUGCCUGGGACCCCAUGUAUGCUGUCGGGAGUUCCAUGCUGGAAGACAGGUGGGGUGUCAAAUACAGUAACAGAAUCAUAUCUAGCCCAACCUUUGGCCUGACUGUUCUCAUGAACCCCAAGAUAACUCCUGCCUGCAAUGAUGGUGGUUCUUCAGUACCCUGGGGCUGCUUAGCAGCUUAUCAGUAGUUCCUGACUGCAAAGCACAGCAAGAGUGGACAAGUUCCCUGAAGUACAGCCCAUCCAUCCCUGCUGCUCUCCCCCUUCCAUGGGCUGCCAGCCAGAGUAGAAUAUUGGCUUUUGUUCUAAUUCUUGCAAGACAGCAAGGUCUGGCCAGGGCUCUGGCUAAGAAUCCAAGAGGUCCUUGGCAGUCGUGUCGGGAUUUCUUAGACCAGCUGAUGUGGACAGGCUUCUCUGGAAGGGUAAACGUGGCAACUGACCUUGGUCUUGAACUGGGGUGGUGUGGGAGAGGAUCAUGACCUAUCACGAGGUCCUCCUCAGGCUGCCUCUCUCCCCCGGUGCCUGCCUGGCCAGAGGCAAGUUUGGAUGUUAAAACAAGGCAAGCCAUGGCUGAAGAGCAGUCCUGGCACUGGCUUCGACUUGUCAGGACAGGCCAUGUUGGGAAGGAACUUCUUCCCUUGCUCAGGCAGAUGGCAACUACAAACUGCUUCCGGGGCUGGCUUUUCUGACAGGCUGGGGUGAGUAGCUUUACUUGCUCCUUCUGCAGCUCCUCCCAGUGUCUCCCAACACUGUGUGCAAAUUGAUGGUUGUGCUCCAUAAGGUAACAAAUCAGGCCCGUGUGUUGCCAAUUGUGAUGAAAGGCAUGGCCUGGGUCUGGAAAGGUAGAGGACUACUUUUGUUCAACACUUCUGCACAGAGCUUGAGCUGGAACUUGGAUGUGCUUUUUCCAUUGGAUCCAAUAUUUGCAAAUUAUACUGGCAGUUAUACUGAUUGUCUUGCAGAGGGUAUUCAGGGAGGGCAUCUGAUGCUCUGUCAGCCCCUUGGUCUUUCUAGCCAAGUACUGUAUAGGUCUGCAGGGUUGCAGCUCUUCAGGAUCUCAGGCAAGAGAAAAGGGCUCCUUUUCCAAGCCAUUUUACCAGAGAGCCUUUCAAUGGAAAGGCCAGGGACUGAACAUGGGAUCUUCAGCAUGCAAAGCAUGUGUUUGAUCACUGAGCUUCGGCCCCUCCCAAAGAGAUAGCCUCCUUCUGGGGCUCCUCCAAGCCCCCCCCCCCCACCAACCAGCCUUCCAAAUGACAAUCUAAACUGUCAUUCGGGAGGCUGGCAAGGGGCUUGGAGGAACUGCCGCGCUCCGACACAUCCAGUGUCUCUCUUCCACCUCCACGGCUCUGUUGCCUCCACAGCAGCCUUCUAAAGGUACAGAGUACCCUUUCUCUUGCCCCCUGGCCUUUAAGAUACUGAAUGCCCCCAUUACCCCCAAACCUGCCUGCAAACCAGUUCUUAGAACUGGGGCUGGUCUGGUUCGAACUCGGACUGCCCAAACUGGGCUGGUUUGAUUUGAACUGCAGUUCAAAUUGAUCUGGCUCGCAUAUCCCUACCUGCAGUACACAUUCAUUCGUGAGUUGUGUUAUUUAUCCAAAGGCUUCUUUCUGAGAUUAAUUUGUACAGAACUGUACUUAUUACAAAUAUGCAUUAAUUAAUUAUUCACACUUUUAAUCUGGGCAAUUUCUUGUAUGGUCCAUUUAUAUAUCUUCAAUAUGUAUUUUCUGUUUUUAUUCUACAAGAACUAAUAUCCAAAUACUUGCAAAAUGUAUGCAAAUUAUAGCAGGGUUUUUUUUCAAUGUGGCGCUUUUCAUGCCAUUGGGUUAAGAGAGACAUUAAAUGCCAUAAAUGGCUAUUUUUAAAACAAAAAGAACAA